UUUCAUGUAUAGGCAUCUACUGUAGCACAGAAGAUAAAUCAUGUAUCAGAUUUUCACUUCAUAUUGCCUAAGGACCGCUCACGGCACAAUGAGCUAUGCAUAAUCGAGCUGUGGUUCUUCCGAAGUCAAUUCUGUGUAACUGAAAAGGUCAAUUUCUUCGACAACUCCGCAUAAGUCGCAUAGAUCGACUAAUAUUUGGUCCGGUUUUUAUAUGAAGUCAGUUUGAUUAGUCUAAUAAAUCUGCACGGUAAAGGAAAUUCCGAUUCGGCGAUUUCUGAAGGCCUAUUUACCAACUUGAAGGUACACACAUUCCUUUCAUUAUAACUUUCAACGUGCGUUAUUUUCGAAACGAAGCAUCGAAUUUGCGCAGAGGUUUGCGUUUUGUAGAUCUAAAAAGUGUGCAAAUAAUACCUUUGUAGGUUACCAGUUUCAGUUAAAUUUAAGAUUUUUGAUGACGUCUCAUGGAAGCCAUCAAAUUAUACUUUCGAAUCACUGAAUGAUGCGCUAUCGAGAACAUAUAUAUUGAGGUUUCCGUUUGCUGUAUUAAAAAGUUAAAAAAAUAAUAGCUUAGUAAAGUUGAUCUCGAUUUCUUAUAUGUAGAAAUACGCAUGCCUUAGUUAAUGCACUCAUUCGAAGCGGAAUUUGCUGACCUAGUGGUGAUGUUUAUUUUCCAAGGUCAACCGAUGAAUUAGUUGGGUCUUCACUAAGUUCUCAGUUUAAUCUUGUGAAUACAGUGGCGGAAUUCUCGGUGUCUCUUGUUCAAUAUACUUUAUCAGAAUCGGCAUGGUUAGCUAUAAGUGAUUAGAAAUCAAACGUGGGACGGCAUUGUAGUCGUCAAACGUAAUGUCUAUUCAGUUAAUCGACUAAAAUCAGAUUUUCAAGUGCUGAACCGAAUUUAUGGCAAGCUCUAUUGCGCAACGUCUGAGACAUUUGCUUACAGGAAUUUCAUCGCUUGUUUUGACGUUUGUAUAAAAGAAAUCGCUUGACUAUAUUCCACAUAAUUUAGAUUAGUUCCAGAUUGAUGUAAAUUAUCACAACUUGGACUAUAAUCGGUUGUUUUCAUUUAGUGCUGUCGAGAAAAAUUCAUAUGGAAAUUGAUACGCGUGCCUUAGUUUACAUCUUUUUCGACGCGGAAGUUGCUAGCCAGUGGCGGUGUUUAUUUUGCAACGUCAGCUUAACAGUGUAUGUAAUGUAUGAUUAAGAGCCUGUAUGUUAUUGUUUUAGAUAUCUUAAAGACAAACCAAAGUAUCAGUUUGGUUUUUGGCGAAUUUUCAUUUUAGCUUGAAAAUUCUCGGAAGGUCGCUUUUUCAAUGUACUUUGUCAGAAUGGCACACACCAUUGACGAAAAGUUAUUAGAUGUCAAUGAUGGCACCAUUUAGAAGGCAAUCCUUAUGUGUAUUAAGUUUGUCGACUAAAAUGAUGAGUCACAUUGUUCCAUGGUUAGCUCUUCAGGCAUUGACAGUGUUAAAUAAAUAGGUGUGCGAUCAUGACCGAGGCUAAUACCAAGAUAUCAAAUGUACACGAAUUUGUGACAAACUUUGUUGCCCAACAUUUGAGACGUUCUCUCCAGUUAAGUAUACACGAAAAGAAUGUCAUUUCAUUUGCUGCAUUUGACGUUUUUGUUCGUUUUCAGUGAUUUCAUGUACUUAAGAUAACGUAUACCGAUUUUGCAUUAAGUCGAAACAAACAGUGAGAAACGAAAUCGUGUUGACCCGUAAAUUUGUGGGCUGAGUCGAUAGUUUGUCGUCAUGCAUGUAGAGGCAUCUGUUGUAGCAGAACAGAUAAAUCACGUGAUCAGGUUUUAAUAACUCCCUUCAUAUAACCCAAAGACGGCUCACGGCACAAUGGAGCUGUGGCGAAUAUAUCUGGUUUCUUCGGAAAUCAAGUCUGUCCAACUCAAAAGGCCAUGCAGAACCAAUUCUACGAAGUCCCCAACAGAUCGGCUCAUGACAAGUUUGGCGAUUGAUAUUGGCUCAGUUCUUCAAUACGAGAUACUAGCCAACUUUCUCCCACCGACAAUUCCGAUAUAACCAUCUCCAUUCUUUUAAAUUAAUUAAAUUGAUUUGUUAAUAAAUUUUCUCCACGAAAGGAUUUCGGAUUUAACGAUUUCUGAAGGCCUAUUUACCACGGUAAACGCGUUCAUCCGGGCAUAACUUUCAACGCGCCUAUUUCCGAAGCGAAGCAUUGAAUUUACAUAGAGGUAUGCGUUUUGUAGAUCUCAAAAGCGUAUAAAUAAUGGUUUUGUAGGGUUAACGGUUUCAGUCAAAAUUGAGAAUUUUGUAUUUUAUAUUUUAUAUUCACUGUAUGAUUUGAGAACGAGGCCACACAUUGGGAUUAAGGGAAGAUGUUGGAAAAUUAGGCAAAAUAUGGGUAGAACUUUGAACAUUUUUUGGAUAUACAUUUUAAAUUAGUUGCGUUAUUUAUCGUUUGUUUUCACCUUUGUCAACAAUAUGAAGAGAACUGGUUUGACUAACCUUGACGUUAUUAUGAUUGGGCACGAUGAGUUGACAUUUGUGAGUUCCAGACUGAUGGAACUCAAGUGACCUUGAAAAACGCGUGACUUAGAUUAAUGAAUGAACAAUAAUUUGUAGCCAGCCACAAACCACAGUCGUCUGGGAUAACUGAACGAAGGGGACGAAGUUGUCAAGUUACCUCUUAAAAAUCAAAGCAAUCGGAGAUUCGCGUUGAUAGUUACCAUGGGAACAACUACAAAACAACCAUGAUAGCACUUGAAAUCCAGGAGACCGGAACUUCACUUUCAUUAAAAAAACUUGUUGCAAACUUGAACUUGACUCAAGAAUUGCCUCACGCAUGCUCAGUGCUGCAGUAUGUUAUACUUAACUGUCUGUGUCUGUGAUAAGGUCUUAAAGGAAAUAAAACGAAGGAACGUUAACGCUUGCUUAAAAUUCACCCUUUCUUAAAUGAUUCUUUUGCAAGCAGUUGUUGUCUGCCAAAGAAUGACCUAAUUGCCCGAACCCUCGUCCAGCUAACAACUUUCCAUCGUCGUCUGUGAAUGGUUAAUUUUCUUCUAGACCGUAGACUUCCAAUAGAGGCUACUUUUGGCUCCUACGCAGACAACACUUUUUGGUAAGAAAUGAAGAGAAAGAAUAGAAUGAGUAGAGAUGGGUGCUGAGGACAGAACAAAGGGCAACAAGAUGAUCGGUGUUAUUUCUUUUAGCGGAAUCGGGAAGUGCCUCUUUUCAAAUUGUCUUGGUUUAAUUUGCCUGUUGCAAGGACACAUGGCGCAUAUAAUUUUUUUUCCACUUGAAACUUCAAUACGGAGCUUCGUCUCAAUUUGUUCUUUUGGAUCCUAGAAAAGAAGUCAGUUCUGAAAUCACUGAUUUCCAAUGUUCACUUCAGGGGCUAAUCUUAUCUUUCCUGAAAGAAUCAAGUGCCGAUUUCCGUCUCAAAACGGAACCUAUCAAAACAGCAAUACCGUAAAAUUACAUACCUUCAGUUGACCAAUAUCGACCGGCGAAUAAUAUCAACCGUCUACUAUUAAUGCGUCAGGUUUGGAAAGUGUUUCUUGUUUAGGGUUUCUCUCCCAAGAUUGUUGAAAAGUGCCGAUGCAUGACCUCGCAAAUGCAAGCAGUUUAGAAGAGCUUUUCAUGGACUAAUCGUUCAGUUUCAGUAAAUAAAAUGAAAACUUAAGUAGUGUAGUGUCUUACCAUAUUUGGUUAAGUACCAAGGGAUAGCGUUAGAUAAAAGGAUUUGUAAGGAAACGAGGAGCGAGUUGAAAUGUUGAUCCUACCCUGAGUGAAUAAUAAAGAGCAGAAAGGACGUUACAGCUACGUAGAAGGAAUGAAAAUAAAGAGACCUUGUCGAGAGUAACAUGAUCAAAUUAGAAACUAAGGGAGGAAGGCGAAGAAAUCAUAAAUAUGUCGACAAGUACUGAAGAUGAUGCUACCCAAGCAGUUGUCAAUGACAAGCUCGUGAGGAAAAUAUGUGACGAUGUAGGAACAUGCUGGGAGGAUCUGGGUUUAGAGCUGGGCCUGAAAUUGGCAGUUCUGCGUAAUGUAGAUACAGAAAAAAGCCAGUGCCGCGAGAAAGCCAGGGAAAUAAUUCGUCUCUGGAAGCAAAAAGAAGGAAAGGCUGCUACCGUAAAGAGUUUUCAAGAUGCUCUCCUGAGGAUUGAAAAAAGAUCAAUUGCAGAAGCACUGCUAGAUUCUCAUAUGGCUUUACAAAACGAAGGCCAAAGAGAGGGUGCACAAGCCCACAGUUCAAGGACUCGCAAAGGCGACGGUAACCGUAGUGACGUAAAUAAAGUCAAGACUGGUGAUGUUAGUGUUGGUUCAAACAGCACUGUAAUCAUCAUGGGAAAUCAAGAAGGCAGCCUUAGCUUGUAAGCUUCAAACCGUAAUAGAGAGUGUGGUUUUGAAAUAUUAUCUCUUUUGUACUAAAGGAAACAGAAAAUGACUUAAUCUAGUCUUUUGAGAAAAAGGGGAAAAAAAGCUGUUAGUGGCUGCGAUUAAGUGACGUAAAUCAGUAAAUUUAAUCAACUGAUUAACGAUAUAGAUAUAACUUUUUACUUUUAAAGCUCUUGCCAAAAACAACCUGCCAUAGUAAAAGCUCAAUCCUUGAGCUCCCAGCUAGGAUUAGGAAUUUAAAGUUAUUCGAGGUUUUGUAACCAUUACUUCAGUUAUCUUAGUCUAGUCUGUUAGCCUGUUAGCCUCAAAGUUAUAACUGCGUGAGUAAAAAUUUUAUGGAACUAGCUAUAUCUCUAUCAUUUUGAGCGUCGUUACGUCCCAUUACAAUUUAAUGAAUAAUGCUUGUAAUCUUCUCCAACCUUCUUAUAAUAAUCGCUUUCGGCAUAAUUCUUUUAAUUAUAAAUUGUCGCAUUUGUGGAAUGAGAUUCCUCUAUAUAUUAAAUAAUCGUCGAAGUUGAAAUAGGCUUCCGCAAGAAGGUCGAGAUCAUUUGAUUUUUCUAGCUUAACGAACAGCUGCUAAUGUAGCUGUUGUCUGUUAUGGGAAUUUUAGCAUUUUGUUUAUUCUACUAGCGUUUGUAUAAAGCAUUUAUGUAUUAUUAUUAUUUUUUUUUUUUUUUUUUUUACCGAUAUUCAUAUUCUAACUCUAAGUUUUAUGAAUAUCUACAUUUAUAUUUAUUAGUUUCUCAGUUUUAAUUCUUCGUCAACUGACAAGCACUUUAUACAUGAACCUCUGGCAACCUCGUCUACUGUAUUGACAAUUUAAUAAAAUGAUUAUAUUGUAUUGAUUGUA